CGGUGACCCGGAAAUAUUAUUUAAUACUUCACUGAAAGCUCGCGAUAUAAAAAUUCCCAUCAUUUAUAUGUAAUUUAAACGCAAACGUUUAUUAUAAAGAAAUGAAAAUAUUGUGGCUAUUACUUUUCGUGACAUGGAUGAUAAUAACGACGGAAACUGGCGAAAUAUUUGCUAAGGAACAGAAAGGUAUCUUGAAAGAACUUUCGAACGCUAUAUCGAACAAAGUUGAUCGCUCUAACAGAGAGAAACAAAUAAACAAAGGAUUUGAAUGGAUACUUCAAUGUGUAAACGUACUAGGACAAGUGGACAAUUUCAUUUCCGACAGAACGAAGAACAUCGUUCACAAAUUACACUUAAUUUAUAACGACAAUGAUGAAGAUACGUACAGAAAUCUGAAUUAACUUAAAUGAUAUUUGUUGAAAUUAAAAGUUUUUAUAAAAAAAA